AUGGCAGACGAACCGACUCUUCCUUCCCUACCCACGGUCGCUUGGGAUUCCGAGACCCAGACCUUCCGGAACACGCGAAAGCGGAACCGCGAUCUGGCACCUGCGCCGCCUCUUUUCUCCAACUCGAGUGACCCGGCCGUAUUCUCCAGCGACGAUGACCCCAACGUGGAUAACUACGCUCAUGGACGACACCGAAAGAAGCGCUAUGUUGGUUCGUGGUACCAACAGCAGUCGGCAUCCUCCGACUCGGCCUUCAGCGACGAGAGAACACUUCCUGCCAAGGGCAAGAGGACAUUCGAACGUCAAGUCGAUUCUGGUGUGUGGAUGGGGAGUGACAGUUCAUUGGAUUUCGAAGACGACAUGAGCAUCCAGUUCGACACGCCCGCGGAAUCCAAACUACCUCAGUUGAAAUACACCCAGGCUGUCGGGACAAAAUCCCCAACGGAGGACAUGGUCCGCCUGAAGAUACAAACAGCCAUUGACAAUGGUGAUGAGAAUAUCGACUUGUCAUCACUCGACAUCAAAAGUAUAUCCAACGCGACCAUCGCUCAAUUGAAUGAGUUCUCUUGUAUCCCUCUGGUGGCUGCGGGCGUUCCCUUCGAGCAAAAAGAACCCGAACUCAAGCUCUACUUAUUCAACAAUCCUCUUCAGCGCGCCCCGGGAGCUCUGUUCAAUCUGGAAUAUCUAACGGUUCUUAGCCUCCGAAAUGCUCAGAUAUCAAAGCUUCCUCCGAGUAUUGGGAAGCUGCGGAACUUGGAGACCCUGAAUCUAUCACUCAACCGUCUUCGAUACUUGCCGGCCGAACUUCUGGAUCUCGUCAAGGGUCCAGGAAAGCUACGUACCUUAAACCUUCAUCCUAAUCCUUUCCACUUGAGCGAACACCUUCCACAACUUCGGCACAUUGAGCCUAAGCCUAGGAGCGAUCAGCAUGAAGAUAAUGUCGAUCCAAUCUACGAGCUAGAACAAUCAGCCGGCUCUGUUACUCGAUACUGCCUUUAUGGAGACGUAGCACUUCGAAACGCUAUGAAUAUCACCCGUUCAGAUGGCCUCGAUCACGCUAGGUGGGAGGCGAUUGUUCUUGCACGAUCACCAGUGGAGUUCAGCGACAGUCGCGGGGUUAUACUUUCGAAAUUCCAGUUGCCUCAGGAGGAAGUGGUCGGGUCCGGCGGUGCUGCUUCCGAAGAGCUAUCCAGCGUUACAGUGCAGACUGAAGCACUCGCUUCCCGGCCAAGCCCACCGCAGUCUAGCCGAGACCGCGUGGUAUCCUGCAACCGGCAGAGUCGAGUCCCAUCUUUGCUUGAACUGGCAUUGCAGUCCUGCUCUCGGACUGGGCAACUUCGAGAGCUUCCGUCUUAUCUUCCACUCAAUGCGCCGCCGCAUUUCGCGAAACUACUUGAUCGCAUAGCUGAGCAAGGUACAGAGAAUGAAAACCGAGGAGAUGUGCCAUGCUCGGUCUGCAAGCGACGAGUGGUAGUGCCGAUGACGCAGUGGAUAGAAUGGUGCGACAUGUCGCAGCUGGUCGGCUAUCCAGGGUCACCCCCAUACUGGGUUCCGAUAAGCUUGAAUAGGUGCGAAAACGCAGUGCCAUUUCUGCGAAGAGGUUGCUCCUGGAACUGCGUCCCCCAGGCCAGCAUGGUUGGGCAACCUGUAUGUGGCGUUCUGAGACAAGGCGCCGAGAUACCCAAGGACAACGUAUAA